AUGGGCUCUCCGGCGCGCGCUCUCUUUUUGCUGACGGCCCUGGCGGCCCUGGCGGAGACCCGGGCGGGCUCUCACUCCUUGAGGUACUUCGACACCGCCGUGUCCCGGCCCGGGCUCGGGGAGCCGCGGUUCCUCUCCGUGGGCUACGUGGACGAUCAGCAGUUCGUGCGCUUCGACAGCGACAGCGCGAGUCAGAGUGAGGAGCCGCGGGCGCCGUGGAUGGAGAAGGUGAAGGACGUGGACCCGGGAUACUGGGAGCAGGAGACACAGAUCAUUAAGGAGACUGCACAGAUUUCCCGAGUGGACCUGCAGACCCUGCGCGGCUACUACAACCAGAGCGAGGGCGGGGCCCACACCUUCCAGCGCAUGUACGGCUGCGAGGUUUCCCCGGAGCUCUCCUUCCAGCGCGGGUUUCUUCAGUUCGCCUACGACGGGCAGGACUACAUCGCCCUGGACACGGAGACCCUCACGUGGGCGGCUGCGCAGAACGAGGCAGUGAACACGAAGCGCAAGUGGGAGGCGGAGAGGAGCUAUGCGGAGAGAGAUAAAGCCUACCUGGAGGAAACGUGCGUGCUGUGGGUGCAGAAGUACCUGGAGAUGGGGAAGGAGAGUCUGCAGAGGGCAGAUGCCCCUUCUGCCCGAGUGACCCGGCACAGCACGCCCAGUGGGGAGGUGACCCUGCAGUGCCGGGCCCAGGACUUUUACCCCUCGGAGAUCUCUCUGGCCUGGCUGAGGGACGGGGAGGAGCAGCACCAGGACACAGAGUUCAUCGAGACCAGGCCUGCCGGCGAUGGGACCUUCCAGAAGUGGGCGGCUGUGGGGGUGCCCUCGGGCCAGGAAGGGAGAUACACCUGCCGAGUUCAGCACGAGGGGCUGCCUGAGCCCCUCACCCUGAAAUGGGAGCCGGAGUCCUCAUUGCCCUGGAUCAUCGUGGGGGUCCUUGCCGCUGUCCUCCUCCUCACUGCGGUCAUUGCUGGAGCUGUGGUCUGGAGGAAGAAGACUUCAGGUGGAAAAGGAGGGGACUAUGUUCCGGCUGCAGGCAAUGAUAGUGCACAGGGGUCAGAUGUCUCUCUGACAGCCAAA